AUCAUAAAAGAAUCAUACUAAAACACCAUGGCCGCCUCGACUGUCCUUACAGCUGCCAUUUUUACCACCAAAUCAUGCAUAAGCAAUAAGGCUACGACAAGAGAAACUCGAUUGAUGGCUAAAACUGCUGCAACCAUUUCCGUUGGAGGUAAAAAUCAUAUUGCUGAGAAAAACAUUCAGAACGCAGCUCCUUUAAAGCAGAGCUUGGUACUUGUGCAUAUCCCUUAGUUGAGUUCUAGCUUAUACAAGUAUAACCUUCCACUAUGUUAUUUGCAUCAUUUAACAUGUAUUCUGUAUAAGGUUUACUAUUCUUCCAUUCGCAGCAGGAAUAUCAGGCUCAGUACGUGGUGAAAAAGAUUAAGAAGAUAAUAAGAAGCAAAUCAAGCAGUUAUAGUCAGGUAGAAGAGUUGAUCAUGAUUGAUGCCGUCCAGCGACUUGGCCUUGAAUAUUACUUUCACGACAAUAUACAUGAUGUGCUAGAAAGGCAUCAUGUGCAGUGUAGCACCAUGGUUGAAGAUGGUUCUAAUCUUCAUGAUGUUGCACUUCGCUUUCGACUGCUGAGACAAGCAGGAUACAAUGUGUCUGCAGGUAAGCAGAUUAAUUACAUACAGCCAAUAUACGAACUGAGCACUCCAGGGGAGCAUAUAUUGGAUGAUGCAGGUGAAUUUUGUGAGUGUCUCCUGAAAUCCACCUUGAUGAAUGGAAGUGGACAAUCUGAUGAGGCAAGAGUAAUACGAACAACAUUGCACAAUCCAUAUCACAAAAGCCUGUCAGGACUUCUAACACAGAAUGAAGUUAACAAUUUUGAAAUUUUGAUGAAAAAUCGUCACGAUUGCUGUGGUAUGAUUGACUGGAUAAAGGAGGUACAAUAUCUAGCAAAAAUUAAUGUCAACGAGGCUCAAACAAUUCACAGAGAAGAAAUAAUUCAGGUUACAAGAUGGUGGAAAGAGCUUUGCUUGGCUGAGAGGCUGAAAUUUGCAAGAAACCAACCAGUCAAAUGGCAUAUGUGGUCCUUGGUUAUUCUCCCAGGCCCCAAUAUGACGGAGUUAAGGACAGAACUCACAAAAGCAAUAUCAUUCAUUUAUAUCAUUGAUGAUAUCUUUGAUGUGUAUGGAACACUUGAGGAACUCACUCUCUUCACAGAAGCCGUCAGCACAUGGGACCAUACAAAUACCAAGGGGUUACCAGACUACAUGACAAUGUGCCUCAAGGCACUCUAUGACACUACGGAUAACAUAAGUGAAAAUCAAUUAAUCUAUAACUGGAUGGUUUAUAUGUUGUUUCAGUGGGCCGAGUUAUGUAAUGCUUUCCUACUGGAGGUGAGAUGGUUUUCUUUGGGACACUUGCCUACCACUGAGGAGUAUUUGGAGAAUGGAAAAAUUAGUUCAGGAGUCUAUGUUGUUUAUGCAAACGUCUUCUCUCUCUUAGGUGAAGCUGUAAACCAUGGAAGCACAAAUCUAUUCAACAGCCAUCACAACAUUGCAUCUUCAGUGGCUGAAAUUCUUCGACUCUGGGACGAUCUAGGGACUUCUAAGGACGAGAACCAAGAUGGGUAUGAUGGGUCAUUUAUAGAUUGCUACAUGAACCAAUAUAAAGGCAGCUCAGCUGAAAGUGCACACAAAUGUGUUCAUUGGAUGAUUUCAGAUGCAUGGAAGUGCCUCAAUAAGGAAUGUCUGUCUCAUUCUCCAAUUUCAGCAGAUUUCAAGGCUGCUUUCCUUAAUUUAGCAAGAAUGAUUCCAAUAAUGUACAACUAUGAUGAGAAUCAACGUCUUUCAAGCCUAGAUAAACACAUGAAGUCAGUGCUUCAUGUGCAAUAGAGCAUAUAUAUCCUAAUAUGACAAUGUUGCAUAGUGCCACCUCGUUCAUUUUCGUGGCCCAGAGCGAAAACUAAAUAAGGGCCCCUAAACUAUGGAGUCGUAUUUCAUAAAUAAUACAUCUAUCGACGAAAAUUUUCAUGAAUUUUAUAUU